CAGCUUGCCCCACCUCUCCCAACCCCGCCCAGCUUCGCAGUCGACGGACUGAGGGUCGAAGUGUUCGAGGCUUUUACUGCUCCGGCAUGCGGAAAAGUAUGUUAUGCAUAAAAGUGGAUAAUUUACAGGAUAAAUGAAAAUGGCCAAUUCUUUAAGAGGAGAAGUAUUAAAUCUUUAUAAAAAUCUGCUGUAUCUUGGACGAGACUAUCCAAAAGGAGCAGACUAUUUUAAAAGGCGUUUGAAGAAUGUUUUCCUUAAAAACAAAGAUGUGAAGAAUCCAGAGAAGAUCAAAGAACUUAUUGCACAGGGCGAAUUUGUAAUGAAAGAGCUAGAAGCCUUAUACUUCCUUAGGAAAUACAGAGCUAUGAAGCAACGCUAUUAUUCAGAUACCAACAAAACUACUUGAUCAUUACUACCUUAAUUUAGCUGACAAUCAGUGCCAGCUGUUUAUGUAUAUCAGCUAUUGUAAAAUAAUUCUAACUUAAAAUGGGAAGAUCAAAAAUCCGUGAGCUGCCCUACUGAACUAAGUAGGUUUCAGCUUCUGUUCAUACUGAGAGAUUUAUCACCAACUUUAUGCUCAAUUUUGAUACGAAGAUAGCAAUUUAACUAUACUACCACUUAUAAUGAGCACCCAAUUUUGAAUGAAAAUAUACACUUAAUUCUGUAACUUAAUAGGACUUAGCCAAUUAUUUUUAACUUAUUUCUCCAUUUUACUGAUCAGAAUGCCAUUUACUGAACAUUGAGAAUAAGCAAAAUAAUUUCUUACACACUUAUUUCUCUUACUUUUUGAAAUGAAUCCCUUAUUUUUUCACUGAAUUUGGUACAUUAACUGCACAUAUUCAGGGCUCACUACAAAAUAAACAGUUCCUGGUAAUGAUUUAAAUGUAGUUAUAGAAGUAAUAAUAUGUAUGGAGUCAUUACUUCUGCCUUGAAAUAGUCUGCUGGUGACAGGCAUUACAUACAUAACUAUUCAAUUAAUUAUUUCCAUUAUUAAUGUUAUUGCUGCUACCUUUGGGCCUAAAACCAAAUUACCUGUUGUGUAUCAAUUACCUUCUUUGAUAAAAGGAAAUAAAUAAUGUUAUUCUAUUAUUUUGUCAUAAAGGCCAA